AUGAAGCUCGUCGUAUCCCCACUCUUGUGCUUCUCUAUACUUCUACUAAAGAAUUGUGCCAAUGCUUUGAAUGUUAAGAUCUAUGGUGUCAACUACAAUGCAAUCAAGGGAGUCGAUUGGGCAACUGACAGUAGUAAAUGCAAGUCUGAAGCGGAGAUUCAGUUGGAUAUGAAUACGAUCAAACAAGUCACGGAUACAGUUCGUAUUGUAUCUUUAUAUGAGUGUGACCAAGCAAAACUUGUCUUAAUAGCUGCCAAGAAUGCUGGUCUUCAAGUACAUCUUGGAGUCAAAACGAUUCAAACAAUCGGAGUCCAGCAACAGGAGUGGAAUAAACUCACUCAACUCAUCGAUGCGAAUCUUAUUGACAAUAAUGUCGUCAGCCUUUCAGUUGGAAAUAUGGCAAUAUUUACUGAAGAGAGUGAGGUCGAAGUUGCGAUUCGGAAUUUCUAUCGAGUUCGAGAUUAUAUACGUGGAAGGGGCUUAACUACAUCGCUUACAGUUACUGACUCCAUGGAAGCGUACAUUGCGAAUCCAGCUCUUAUGAAUGUAGUUGAUUUUAUCUCAGUGAGUUUUUCAGCUUUUUGGUUUGGCUUUGAUGUAAAUGAAGGGGCUGCAGUUACUCUUGAUCGCUUUCGAGACUUGCGUACAGCAAAUACCAAGUACCGCAAAAAGAUUGUACUCUCUGAAACGGAUUGGAGUUCCAAUGGUUCCGAUCUUGAUGCUGGUAUUGCUUCACCUAAAAAUCAAGCAAGAUUCUUCUCUGACUUGUAUCAAGUGGCUUUUGCGUAUAACUUUGAAUUUUGUUGGUAUACUGCAUUUGACGAAUCGUGGCGAGAGAACGAAGUGGAGAGAUCAUUUGGUCUUUUUGAUGGAAAUCGUACACUUAAAAGUAAUAUAGUGCAGCUCUCCAUUACCACGCGUCAACCAAAUUACAUUCAAAAUGAAGGGACUCACUUGUUCUUGUCUGAAUACGAAAGGAAUGUCUACAUGUGGGAAAAGAUGUACGAUCAAUUCAUGAAUGAAGGUCAAGUGUGGUAUCUCGAUACGUUAACAAAGCAAGUGCGUUCCAAGAGUUCGGAUCGAUGUCUUGAUGUUUUCGACAAUCAUGAUCUUCAUGUUCGUAGCUGCUCGGAAAGUGCAAUGAGCCAGAAAUGGACAUAUCAUAAUGACACGAAACAACUCGAGUCUCAAACUUUUUGUCUCGAUAUCGACGUUGCUACUUCCAAUGAACUUUAUCUCUCCAAUUGCUCGUCAAAUUCCAUAAAUCAACGCUGGAACUUUACGAACGUCGGGUAUUUCUAA